UGGUACCAUUCCUUUAUUUAAUGAAUUCAACACCACACAGACAAAUCUGAACACAUCUGUGGUGACACAAUUCCUAAGAUGACACAAGUGAGGAACAAGCAAGUGAUUCUGAAGGACUAUGUUUCUGGUUUUCCUAAAGAAUCAGACAUGAACAUUGCUGAUAGUACCAUUACUCUUAAGCUUCCACAAGGUUCCAAUGAGUUGCUGCUAAAAAAUUUGUACUUGUCAUGUGAUCCAUACAUGCGGAUUCUGAUGACCAAGGACACUACUGCAGGACUUGGUGCUUACACUCCUGGUUCUCCAUUGAUAGGAUAUGGUGUGUCUAAAGUUAUGGAAUCUGGACACCAAGAUUAUAAGAAAGGUGAUUUAGUUUGGGGUAUGACUAAAUGGGAAGAGUAUAGCUUGGUCCCUGCAACUGGAAUGCGCAAAAUUGAACACGCUGAUGUUCCACUUUCUCACUAUACUGGAAUUCUAGCUCUGAUAGGAUUGACUGCUUAUGCUGGUUUCUUUGAAGUAGGCACUCCAAAAAAAGGAGACAAUGUUUUUGUUUCAGCUGCUGCUGGUGCAGUUGGUCAACUUGUUGGUCAAUUUGCUAAACUAACAGGUUGCUAUGUUGUUGGAAGUGCAGGAACUAAAGAAAAGGUGGAUCUGUUGAAGAAUAAAUUUGGAUAUGAUGAAGCCUUUAACUACAAAGAAGAGCAUGACCUCAAUGCAGCAUUGAAAAGGUACUUUCAAGAAGGCAUUGACAUUUACUUUGAGAAUGUUGGAGGCAAGACACUCGAUGCUGUACUCCCGAAUAUGAGAGUCCAUGGUCGCAUACUUGUGUGUGGAAUGAUUUCACAGUAUAAUCUUAUUCAACCCGAAGGUAUAACAAAUUUGGCACAUAUCAUAUAUAAGCGGAUUCAGAUGCAAGGUUUUAUUGCACCGGAUUACUAUCACUUUUAUACAAAAUUCUUGGAGUUUAUUCUGCCUCUAAUAAGAGAAGGAAAGAUUGUGUAUGUAGAAGACAUAGCUAAGGGACUAGAGAAUGGCCCUAAAGCAUUAGUUGGUCUCUUUAGUGGUCACAAUGUUGGUAAACAAGUGGUUUUUGUUGCUCAUGAGUGAAUGAAUGCAGAUGCUUUUGUUUAAUGUUGGUGCCUUUGGAAACCUCUUCCUCCACUCUAUUGAUUAUGAUUAUCUGCUUCAGUGACAUCAUUUUAUGAUAUGCUUAAAUGUAUUUUGGUCCCCUUAUUUUUGGUGAUUCACAAUUUUAUUUGUUUUUCUUCAAAUAAAAUUUAGAUUUGCAUAGAUUGCGUUUAUGAUAAAUAAACAGUCUUUUCGAUAAAUCAAGGUAUUUCUGCAUCAAUUGCAAAGAUUAAUGUAUUAAGGUAAUUGAGAUUCAUUAAAGAGGUGGCCUAUUUCAACACAUUUUUUCAAUGUGCAUAUAUGUCAAAUGUAAAUGUUGGGAUCUUCAAGGUACAGCUGCAUUACUUUGUGGCAGUAGAAUCCAAGUGUGUCAGAAAACAUUAUGUGUCUUAUCUUUUCAUUGUAGUAACUAGUAUGAGUGGUUCAUAUUGAUUAUUUCAAAAUGUACAAGCAUAUCUUAGUGUUGAUGCUUUGGCACAUAAAUAAUUCUAUUUUCACAAUGGACAAAACAAUUAACCUAUGAACUUGAUCACAAACUUCCAUGGAGAAAACAAUUAACAUUGCAGUUGUUCCUGGUGUUGGGUAUAGCCACUUGGUCCCUAUUCUUCAAUUCUCCAAGCUACUAGUUCAUCUUCAUCCAUACAUUCAUGUCACAUGUCUCAUUCCAAUACUUGGUUCUCCUCCAAGUUCCUCAAAAGCCAUUCUUCAAACUCUUCCAUCAAACAUCAACUACACUUUUCUUCAACCAGUACACCCCAAAGACCUACUACCACAAGGUACUACCUUAGCAUCACAACUUCAGCUCACAUUGACUCACUCAUUGCCAUUUAUACAUCAGGCCUUGAAGUCCUUAACUUUAAGGACACCCCUUGUGGCCUUGGUGGUUGAUUGUUUUGCAGUUGAAGCACUAGAUUUUGCUAAGGAAUUCAACAUGUUGUCAUAUAUGUACUACCCCGGAUCAGCUACUACACUGGCUUUGAGCUUCUAUUUGCCUAAGUUAGACCAGGAAACAUCGUGUGAGUACAGAGAUCUACCAGAACCUAUCAAAUUACCAGGCUGCAUACCAUUCCAUGGCAGGGAUAUCUAUGCCCCGGCUCAAGAUAGAUCAAUUCAGGCUUACAAAUUGUUACUCCAGCUUGUUAAAAGAUUCCAUUUUGCUGAUGGUGUUAUUGUUAAUAGCUUCUUAGAAAUUGAAAAAGGUCCUAUAGAAGCACUAGCAGAAGAAGGAAGUGACAACCCUCCUGUGUAUCCUGUUGGACCCAUCAUCUCGACUGUAACAAGUUCCGGUGAUGAUGCUAAUCGCGGUCUGGAAUGUCUCACAUGGUUGGAUAAACAACAACCUUGUUCGGUUUUGUAUGUGUCUUUUGGGAGUGGUGGUACACUUUCACAAGAACAAAUUGUUGAGCUGGCUUUCGGUUUAGAAUCGAGUAAUCAUAAAUUCUUGUGGGUUGUUAGAGCACCAAGUAGUAGUUCAUCUAGUGCUGCAUAUCUUUCAAAUUCGGCACAAAAUGAUGUUGACGUUAACCUUUCGCAAUUUUUACCACCCGGGUUCAUGGAGAGAACCAAGGAACAAGGAAUGGUUAUUCCAUCAUGGGCACCGCAGAUUCAAAUCCUUAGUCACAAAUCAAUUGGUGGAUUCUUGAGUCAUUGCGGCUGGAACUCAAUCCUUGAGAGUGUGAUGCAUGGUGUGCCACUAAUCACAUGGCCUUUGUAUGCUGAGCAGAGAAUGAAUGCAAUUUUGCUGAGUCAGGGCCUAAAAGUGGGAAUAAGGCCAAGAGUUAACGAAAAUGGCAUUGUAGAAAGGGUAGAGGUUUCUGAGUUGAUCAAGUGUCUCAUGGAAGGGGAAGAAAGUGAGAAAUUGUGCAAUAGAAUGAAGAAGUUGAAAGAAAAUGCUAUUAAUGCACUCAAAGAAUAUGGAUCUUCUACAAAGACUCUUUCUCAGUUAGCACUCAAAUGGAGAAAUAUGAUGCAGGAAAACUAGAUUUAAGGAAUGAUUUUGUUAAGUUUUUUGCUUUUUAACCAUUCUAGUUUUUCUGCUUCUUCUUUGGAAUAAGUUAAUCACUAUAAGUUGUAAUAUUAAGCUCCUAAUAGGAUGCAUGCUUAUUAGACAUUUUAUGUGAUAGUUGAGUUUAUUGUUUUGGUUUUUA